AUGUCCCCUGAAUGGGCGGCGUGGAUUGCCAGGCCUCGACUAGAGAUAUUGACGAGAGACGGAGGCCUCGAACGUCUUGUACGCAUUUUGCGCGACUUUGUCGCGAACCCUCCACCACCACAAGAAGCUGGAGGAUUUUAUGGCCUUUUACCUCCAAUUCCAACAGGAAAUAGCAGCGCGGCGACGGCGAUUGCCUCCCUUAAUCCAAGCAUGAACCCCUCUCACCAGCCCCAGGUAACCCAUGCCCCGACCUUCAAUCCAGGUUUGAUGCCUCUCCCUAUCCCAACCGACACCACGUAUGCCCCCGGUUUUCCGGCAGACCCCAAUGACCUUCAUCGACCACUUCCGGAAGCGCGUCCGUACGACAGGGACGCCGCACAGCGGUUCUCUCUCGCAUUCCAGUCAAUCGUAAAUGUUGGAGUCAGAGGCUCAGAAGCUAUUCGCUCGCGAGUUGUUCAAGCGGGGACCCUCGAGGUCGUUGCCAGCGUCCUGGAGGCAUGGUUAGUGAGCAAGGGUUUCCCUUUAAUCAUGCCAAGGCGGGGAAAGAAGAAGGAUACAUCUCACAAUAGUUCCGCAUCGGUAGAUCGGCAAGAGCUACAUCCAGUCUUAGCAAGCAUGGAGGUUGAUGGUGAUGAGCGGAUGGAUGACGAGGCGGCUGAGAGCGCAGGAAUGUCGUCGCGAGGAGCCCUUACCAUCCGUGCGAGAACGACUACCAUCACACCUCAGACUGGCUCACGUCUGCGGAAUGACGCCAGGGUUGCGCGAUCUGUUGCCGCCAACGGGAAUGCAAUUACAAGACCUCCAGCCCCCAGUGGCGUGAGACCGAAUGCCUCAAGUCCACCGACCCGUGCUGGAAGCUCAAGAGCGGCUACUAGCGGCAAUCAGACCACACCGAGACGUACCCUUACCUCGCUCGACUCCAGCCAAUCGAUCGCAUCAUCGUCUUCAACCAGCCAAGAUUCCUCCACCAAUUUAUCCACUACAUCUCUCCUCCCUACUCCCUCGAGUGCUUCUUCAUCCACCUCUCUACUCCAACAGCAGCAACAGCACAUGUCCGCCUCUGUCACUCGUGGGCGCAGUGGCACUCUUGUUCAGAGAACUCGCGCCGAUGAUAGUUCAAGAGAGCACUCUACCGAUGAGAUGGAGGGAGAUGCUGAUACCGAGCAAGUAGGUAAUCGAAGUGGGACAAACACCGAAGACGAAGAUAUGGAGGCAGAGUCGAGCAACAACGAAAUCGAGAUGGAGGGCGCUCGUACUACUCGCGGUCAGAGUGUCGACACCACUGUAGCUCCCGCUCGCACUUCUCAUCGACCAGUUGCGGUCGCGGAUCCACAAGCCCUCUCGCCCCGUGCCCACACGGAUUCGCUUUCGCUACCAGGUGGCGGACCGGGUAUGGGAAUUGGAAUGGGUAUGGAGGUGGACGUGCUAGCUGCUGUGAAUAUGGUGAUGGCGCACGAGGGCGUUGCUGCUUUCGAAGGGACACAGUUCGGUGGAGAGGCUGCCAACGCUGCAGCAGCAGAGGCCAUUGCCCGUGCGGGACGGGAAGGGAUUAUGGAGGAAGAGACGCCCAGAGCCGUCUUGCGCAACAUGUCGGAGCGUAUGGGUCCUUUGAACGGCGGUGAGCUCGGUCAAGUCGAUGAAGAGAUGGGCGAAGGACCUUCGGCGCCGCAGGCUAGACCUGCAUCGACCGCCCAACCAUCGGAAGACCCUGGACCUGCGCAUACAACCCCUACCCCGAUGGCUCACGCUCGCCUCAAUCUCUCGCCUGCCACAGGUCAUCCCAAUGAGACUGCUCCUACCACCGCUCAAGAUGCUCCUUUACCCAACGUUCAAGGUGACACCGCUGGUCGGGCCCCAACAACAGGUCCAACUUCGCUGGAUCGCAACCGAAUACGCGUCAUGACUGGAGAUGCCGGACCGUUCCGACAGGAAGAUGUCUUGCGGGCACUCCAACUCUUGGCUUAUCUGACGAAAUACCCGCAUGUUCGACAAGAGUUCUACAAGAAGCGGGUGCACCUUCCGGCGGGCAUGACGGGCCCGACCCCUGGCGCCACUGUUUUGACUGGCUCCGGCGUAGGUGCCUCACAUAGCGGGAGAUUGUAUAACAACAACCCUACCACUCUCAGCCAGGUGGCUCCCGUCACAGCCGCUAUCGCGGCAGGCCAUGUCCCUCAGAUCACGACACUCUUCUCUCUAGUCGAACGUUUCACCUUCCGUCCAUCCGUCUCACACCUCAAUCUUCAUCCUUCUCUCACUAUCCCGACCAUUCCGCCCGAGAUCCAAAGUUGGGCUGCGGUCAUUAUGCGUAACGCUUGUCGAAAGGAUGAUUCACAAGGCGGUAUUCGACAGUGUGCCAACAUGACGUGCGGAAAGUGGGAGAAGACCCCACGGGAGUUUGCCAAAUGCCGAAGAUGCCGGAAAGCCAAGUAUUGCGGCAAGGAAUGUCAGAGCAAAGCUUGGAGCAUGGGGCACCGGUACUGGUGCAGCGCGCGAGAAGGUGGCGAGCCUGGACAACCCGCCACGGACAAUUUGGAUCAUGAGAAUGAUGAGACGCCCAACACAGCCACGAUUGCUGGCCAGACCAAUGGAGCAAAUGCUGGCGUUGGAAUCGGCAUAGCGCCUGGCGGUGGUGUCGGCAUUGUACCGCUCAACAAUCAGCCGACGAAUACAGCGACCACAGCCAACAGAGGACGGACCGCCGGUCCUGUCGGAUUCCCUCCGAUGGGUAAUCAAGGCCCAGCGGGAUAUCGAGGUCCCCUAAUUGUCAAUGCUGGUAACAACGCCUGGGAAGGUCAACCGCUCCCUGAUACGACUCCACAAGCAAACAACGUUGCAACUGGACCAACUGGUCAAGCGGCGACGACACCAGCUGCCGGACCAUCCACCCCACGGAGAAGAGAAGCGGCACCGACAGCCUCAAAUUCAUCUUCUCGCUUUGCACGUGGCUUUGCGGACCGCUUCCGGGCAUUGGCUGCUGGACAAUCCAACACUGAGGGCCAACAAGCCGAAGCUUCUUCAACCUCAGAGGCGCCUGAGGCCACACAACGACCAAGUGGCUCCAGGGGGCGAACAUGGGAUCUGAUACUCGGGCGAGGAGAUGCAGGAACCAAUGUCUCGGGCUCUACGACGGGUGCUCCUGGAGAAAGAGAUCCACAUCCAAUUAUGCCAGCUGAACUUGAUCGCUGGAGACAAUACAUGGUUGCACGAAAUCGUACUGGUGGCAACGUACAUCUUCCAGCUCUUGUCGGCGAUCAAGGUGGGAAUGCGGCCUCUGCACCGUCUGAUCUUUCUGGGCUAGUUCGCAACAACCUCGUCCUUGCUACCAACUCGAAUCAGACUCCAUCACAAGGGACGAGCGGGUCACACUCUCUAGGCUCCCUUUCGGCCAUGCAUGCAGCGACGGAGCAUGCCCGGGCAGCGUUGGCAUCAAGGGAUGUCGCUGGUGGCAAUCGCACCACGUCGCGGGCACCGGGGUCAGACGCAGACAUCAGCAUGCAGUAG